CGCCCUUGGCGCCGCCGGCGCCCCCUGCGGCGCCUCGGCCUGGGGCACCGCCCCUGGCCUCGGCGGCGUGCGGGCCCCGCCGGGCAGCAGCCGCGCCGCGGGCGAGGGCGCGCCCGCGGCGCAGCCGCGGCCGCCGCUGUGGCCGCCCGGCGCUCUCGGCGCCGGCGGCGCGCCUGCCAUCGGGGGCAUCGGCGGUGCCGCCGCCGAUGGCGGCCUGCGCGCGGGGGCCGCCACCGACGGCUUCCGUGCCACGGGCGGCGCGGGGCGCACGGCGGCGCGGGCGCGCCACGCGGGCGGCGCAGACGAAGGCACGCUCAGCGGCGGCCCCAGGGCCGGCCGCGACCGUGGCGUAACCUUCAGCAGCACCCUCCCCGGCUUUCUGGACGCGGGCAGCCCCAGCAGAGCUCUUGCUGGCCGCGCGGGGGCCGCCUCCGCCAGCGCUGGAGGGCAAAGCGCUGAGCCAGACGGCGCCGCCUCGGCGGCGCUGGGCGCGCCAGGGGACAUCGACCCCGUGGCGCUGCUGCAGGCGCAGGUGGCGCGCGUCGCACAGCGCCGCCUGAAUGCGUAGGGCCUGUCUGGCGGCGGGCGCCAGGACUGUUGUAACUGCCUUGCGAUGCAAUUCUGCGGCCUUCUGAA